AUGAUUAUGUACAUGCCCGUGGCGAUAAUAGUGUACACCGAGACAUGUUCCGGUUUCCCAUUCGACGAAUCUCAAGGGUGCCAUUCCACCAAUAAUCGAAGCUUCUCGAAGCACGAAAUUUCAGUCAUUCUUCGUUCCGGCGGGGGCGGCGGUGGUGGUGGCGGCGCCGGCGCCGGCGACGCCGGCGAGGCCCCGGCGGCCGAGGAGAAGAAGGAGGAGGAGGAGGAGGAGGAGAUCGACAUGGGCGGGGGCAUGGACAUGUUCGGCGGCGGCGAUGAGGGUGGAGGAGACUACUAAGUCAACAUCGGUGGUUCGAUUGCCCGCGGCGCUUGUUCGUUUCAUCAUUUAAGGGCCACCAGCUCUUCUGUCCUUUGAUCGAAUCCAAAUCUUGAAACCAUUCCUGGAGUUUUUUUUGCGGUGGCACUGGUGCUUGCCGUGUGGAGGAUCCCCGGGAUGCACGCGCCCCCUGGCAUGAACGUGGUUCAUGGGAUGACCUCCGAGCGGUUGCCCAUGCACCCCACGGUAUCGAGUGUUGCCUUUCAUACACACACGUACAGUGCGUUCUACCUCUCCGGAGGCUUCUGCACCAAUGUACUUGACGCUGCGUUCCCCAGAGAGUCAGGGUGUGGACUCGCCGGCGGCAGCUUUUUGAAUUGCGCGAGGCUGCUUAUGCUUCACUGCUCUUGUCCAACCGAAAUUGGCGCAGGGGCAUUAGGUCUCUCGCUGCGCUCCUGCCGUCGCCCUGCUCGUCGUCCACCGGAUAUCCCAAAACGUUUUGGACGGGCACAGACGAGACUGGCGCCACAACACAUGGAACGCACACACAUAUAUAAACGAUAUCACUGCUCGGUCGUGUUUGCUAUUUCCGUUUCUUCAGGAGUAGGACAUUGCCAUUCGACUGCUGCCCCCCACCCCGUAUGUUGAUCCCUUAACACUUUGAUUAGAAAGCGUGCUGGCGUUUUCCAUCCUGCUAGGCUGCCAUCUUUUCAUUGGUCAGCCGGUCCGCGCGAUCGAUGCAACAGCACACAAUGCAACCCGUCUUCAUAUCGGAGAGUAGC